AUGAAGCUUUUCAGAGAGUUCAGGGAUUCCCCUAGAGAUAUCAAAUUACUCUGGGGAUCAGUUUUCCUGAGGUUGUUGUCAUAUGGUAUCACGAAUCAAAUUUUGACACUUUUUCUCAAUGCAAUCCAAAUGUCAGAAUCCCAAAUAGGAUGGUUCAUGUCAUUGACCCUUGUGGGUGACGUGGUGUGCUCUUACGUUUUGACAUGGUAUGCCGAUAUUUGGGGGAGACGUACUGUUCUAGUCUAUGGAUCUGUUAUGAUGGUACUAAGUGGGCUAGUGUUCUGCUUUAGUACCAAUUUCUACUGGUUACUGAUUUUCGCCAUAUUUGGUGUCAUUUCUCCUUCAAGUGAUGACGUUGGGCCCUUCAAAUCCAUUGAAGAAUCUAUGCUUGCUCAUCUAACACCUCAUAAUAAGAGGCCUGAAAUUUAUGCCCUACACGCGCUGAUGGGGACCACUGGUGGUGCCCUGGGUGCUAUAAUGUGUGGUGCGUUAUUGCAUUUGAUUCAAAAACUAAAAUGGGUUCAUACAGAUUUAGAAAGUUAUCAAGCUGUUUUCUUAUUGUAUGCCCUCAUCGCAGUGGGUAAAGUAAUCAUUAUGUUGUGUCUGUCUAGACAAACUGAAUUGGAUAUGCAUCAUCAUGAGCCACAUACUACUGAAGAGGAUCAACCUUUGAUACAACAUGCCACAGAACCUAAGAGCGCCAAUCUAUCUCCUGAGACUAAAUCUAUUUUAGUUAAACUUCUGGUAAUUUUCAUGUUAGAUUCUCUUGGAUAUGGAUUUAUGACCAGUAGUUGGGUUAUUUAUUAUUAUGCCAAGUAUUUUAUGAUGGGUUCGAUGGCGUUGGGAACGCUAUUUUUCUGUAAUCAAAUUGUAUCAGCAUUAUCAUCAAUUCCAUCAUCCUUCAUUGCUAGACAUAUGGGUCCUGUUAAGGCCAUGAUUUCUGCACAGGCACCUUCAGCGGUUUUCUUUAUGCUAAUACCGUUAGUUGGUCAUAACCUAGUACUUUCUAUCUUAUUUUUGGUACUCUAUUCUUCAACUACCGCCAUGGAUGUGACACCACGUCAAAUUCUAUUGACCAAUAUCAUAAAGCCUCAGGAUUUGACCAAAGUUAUGGGCACCGUAAAUAUUGGGAAAACAAUGGCACGUUGUGUUGGUCCCAUCUUUACAGGAAUAUUAGCUCAAAGGGAUCAUUUGGCUCUGUGCUAUGUGAUUAGUGGGUCGCUAGUGCUUGCCGCCGACUGUGUAUUGGCAUUUUGGUUCUUUAGAUUUGACAGUAGCAUCAAGAGACAGAUUACAUAG